GUCAUAGUUGGGCUAAGGCCGCCAAGCUUUCAUAGUAUCACUACUCUCUCUCAAAGUCUCAGUUGAAAAGGAAAGUUUGAGGAAAACGCAGGAGGAGCUGGCUGAGCUAGACCACCCAAUUUCGAAUAAUCAUUCACCCACCAACAAUCCAGGACUCCGGCGCACUGCUAGCAUGAACUGGUUGAAUCACCUUUGGGGAAAGCUAGAAGGGAAUGUUUUGGAGCAUCAUUGAUCAAUACAAACAGACUGAUUCUAGGAAUCUCCUGCUAUGGCACCUGCCCAACCAUUUACAGACAUUGACCAAGACUGUAAACCAUGUGUAAAUGGAAAAGUUGAACUACAUACAGAGAACAGGAAUUCCCUAGAAAACUCAUCUUUGGAGGACAUACCGUGCAUGAGUAACUGUGACGACAACUGCAUCAGGAUGAAAUCUGUCCUGGAUGGAACAGAUGAGGCUUUAAUGUGCAUUGCGGAUGUGGAUGUUGACAUAAUCGAAUGUGGAAAUAAUCAUAACCACAGCUUGAAGGCUGAAACUGAAGACCCUGAUGCAACUGAAUAUUCAAGCUCCUUUGCUGACACUGUGUCUGACACUGAGAAUUUUAGUGAAGGUGAAGUGGAAUCCCAGUCCUUUCCGCAGAACGGUUUGACAUCUGCUUUUGAUGCAUUUAGUAGUGCAUUUCAAAUGAGGAAGAAGAAGUUGACAAAUCACUGGAGGACCUUUAUACGUCCUGUGAUGUGGCGGUGCAAAUGGAUGGAAUUGAGAAUUAAAGAAAUUGAAUCACAAGAAUUGAAUUAUUCCCGAGCGCUUGCAGCAUAUGAUCAAAGAAAACGUUCAGCAUUCGACCAAUUUAUAUUAGAAGAAUCUGGUUCAAAGUCAUUGCCAUUUUCUAGUCAGGGCCUACGAAAAAAAUCUAUCAAGCGGAGGAAACGCAAGAGAAUUGAAGAGACAACUGAUAUUGCAUCGUAUAUAUCACAUCAUAACGCGUUUUCCUAUUUCGAAAAUAAGAGAUCCGAUCCUGAUAGCACAUCUCUGGCUGACGAAUUUAGUAAUGCAGUCAUCACAGAACACAGUGCUGAUUACAAUGAUAAACUCAGCACAGCCGAUGAGUGGUCGCUCCUUGAGUUUCGAGAUGGUGAUAAGUCCUUGGAGCAUGUCCUUUGGAAAAUCGAGACACUGCACUCUUGGGUUCACAAGCUGAAGAAUCAAAUUGAUGUGGUGAUGCCCAAAACGGCUGCUAUAUUUUCUUCCUCCGAGAAUUUGAGCAUUAUCGUACCCUGUGAUGGACAGACCAGCUCUGCCCAUAGUCCAGCAUUCUCUGCCGGCAAUGGAGACGGAAUGUAUGCUACAACUCAGCAAACUUCAGAGUUCAAUAUUGGGGAUCUGGUAAUGCCUGAAAGUGUAGUUUCCAGUUUCGGGGACGCUAUCCCUGCUCCUGAUAUAAUAGAAAGCUCUGUGGGACUACUGUCUGCUACUGGUGCCAUCUUCCAUCAGCCGCAGUUUAGCGAAUCAAGUGAAGAUAUUGUGGAUAAUGUCUUGAUACAUAAUGCGGCAGAAGGAGAGAAGCGCACUUUCCAAAGGAUGACUGACGAGCCCAAAGAGAAUCAUCAGCAGCAACCAGAGGAAGGCAAACAAGAAGGGCCUUGCGCAACUCCUUCAUCAACUGUUGAAUCAUGUUUAGGAUUAGAUGUAAAUUUUCCAAGAAACAAGAGAAAAAGAGGGGAGCGAAGAACCGGUUCAGAUGUUUGGAGCAAGAAAUGCUCAGGCGAGCCUGGUAGCCAAUGAGAGUUGCAUCUCCUUUGCUGGAUAUUUAUGGAGUUCUUCCCAGUAGUUUUUCACAUAAGUUGAUACAAAUGUUUGUUUACAGUCAUGUUGGAUUAUUGGUUUCUAGAUUUAGUGCUAGUGGAGUCUACAAACUGAUCGUUGUAGCUGACGUUUUCAAAGAGGUCAGCAAUUGGGGUUCCAUUGAACAAAAAGAAAUUUGCAGGCACAAAUUGUUCCCAUUGGUUUCUCUCUUCUAAUGUAACUUUUUAUUUUUA